AUGAGCAAGAAGGCGCUGCUCCAAUAUUUAGCCGACAGUUUUUGUAACAAGAAGCAGACGCUGGCUAUUACUACGUGCGUUCGCAUAUUGCUGCUGCUCCUGUGGCUAGUUGUGAAUAGUUCCAAGAAUGAUCUUGUGGGCGCAUGUGGGAAUGUACUAACUCGCCACAUUUACGCAUCUUGGGGAGUUGCUGAGGCUGAGCAAACAUCUGGGCCUGAGGUAGGUCAACUUGCGAACACGUGCGAGGCAUGGGUUGGCCGCGGAAUGCAGGACCACAGCGAUAUACCCUUCUGCUCUGUCUCUUCAGCGGACUCAGAAGAGCGGGAGGUGAGCGCAGUGACAGACUCGCUUCCGCCUCGGGGGUUCCGGCGCCGCGAGACAGUCAUCAUCUGUCAUGACAUCACCUCUCCCUUGGCCCUCUGUCCGCCGUGCCCCGUAGACAGGAAGGGAUGUGUUACACUUGACGUCAGUAGGAUCGUCUUCCGUCUUUGUCUCCGGCGCGCAGAGGAAUGCCUUGGCAGUGGUUGUUUGGGGGAAGUUUCCAAUUUGCGGCCUUCGCGCUCCCCGCUGCGAAUGGCCGCUUUCGACCCCGUUCCAUGCGCGCCGAUGAUAUUGCGGACGUGGCAUGUUGGAUUGGUCCCAUAGAGAGCAGAGAUCAAGAAAUGGUUCAGAUCUGUACACACACACACACACACACACACACACACACACACACACACACACAC